AUGUUUUUCGUAAAAGUUGAAUAUGCUUCAGAAGCUGUCAAAAGAGGUACAUGUGCUGUAGGUGUGAAAGGUAAAGAUGUUGUUGUAUUGGGUUGUGAAAGACGUAGUACUUUAAAGCUACAAGAUCCACGUAUUACACCAAGUAAAAUAACCAAGAUUGAUUCCCACGUAUAUUUGGCGUUUGCUGGUUUAAAUGCUGAUGCAAGAAUUUUGGUUGACAAGGCAAGAGUUGAAGCUCAGUCUCAUAGAUUAACUUUAGAAGACCCAGUUACCAUUGAUUACUUGACCAAAUACGUUGCCGGUGUUCAACAAAGAUAUACACAAUCUGGUGGGGUAAGACCAUUUGGUAUUGCAACUUUAAUUGCCGGUUUUGAUGAAAAUGAUACUGUACCAAAAUUAUAUCAAACAGAACCAUCUGGUAUAUACUCCGCUUGGAAGGCAAGUUCAAUUGGACGUAGCAGCAAGACAGUCCGUGAAUUUUUGGAAAAAAAUUAUACAGAAGAUUUAGAAAAGGAAGAAACAAUUUCAUUAGCUAUCAAAAGUUUAUUAGAAGUUGUUCAAACUGGUGCAAAAAAUAUUGAAAUAUCUGUUCUUUUACCUGGUAAAAAGAUUGAAACCUUGAGUAAUGAUGAAAUUGUGAGCUAUGUUAAAAAGAUUGAAGAAGAAAAUGAGAAAGACGCUGAAAAAAAGAAGACCACCAGUAGCUCAGCUUAA